AUGAAUUCAUCAAUUCUGGCUUUUGCCCUUCUUGCCUUUAUGGUGAUCAGCCAAAGCAAUGCACGGUUAAUCAGACAAGACUUUGCCGAUGACGAUUUUGAUCAAGACUUAUUUGAACAAAAACGAGAUGCACCAACGCACACCAGAUGUACAAACAUUGUUAAAGGCCAAGAUUCGAAUGGUGGUGACAUAGGUGCUAUUAAUCCAGGACACGUUCUCAGUGCUAGUGCUUGUGCUGCAUUAUGUGAAACAGUUGCUAUUUGUGAUCACUGGACAUUUCACGUCAACGACGCCGAAUGUUGGCUCAAGGAUAAACCAUCGCAAAUGCAAGACAGUCCUAAUUCGUAUACAGGCAGUUGUACCAAGUCGGAAUAA